AACGCUAAUUAACAAUAGCAAACAAAAAUAACAUUUGAGUGAGUGAGGAGGUAACCAUAGCAACAGUAGUUUGAGUUAUGGAGUGAUACAGCAAAAACAUUAAUACAUGCCAUUAUUAUCAUGUUAUAGAUUUACAUACCAAAAAACUUGACCAAAAAACGUUUGAGUCAAUUUUACAGGCAGAUUCAUUAGAAAUGAGUCAUAUUAUAACUACAUUUCCGUGGCACUAGUUACAAGAUUUACUGCAGCUGGAUGUGUUUCCUUGAAUCGCUCAACACUGAAUUUUGGAGUUCCAGAAACCAAGCGUUAUGCGUGGUGAACGGUACACAAUGCCAUCCUGUACAGCCUUCAUUAAGUCCAGGAUGUUCUGGUUAAUAGAAGACAAAGACUUCAUUCGUGGGAACUGAGGGCCUUGAUCUCGUGCGGAUACUGCGUAUUAUAAAUAUAAUCAAAAAUGUGCUUUAUUACACUAGGAAUUUUUUAACAAAGUCUUGCUGAAUGGAACUAAAAUAGAAACGUGGGGCUAGUCAUGUCUUUGAUAAGAGAAGACGAGCCUGCAGCCUUGACUCAACAAGUUACCCCUGGCACAUCCUUCUCCUCAAAGUGGGUGUGUUUAUAAUUUUAUGAAAAAAUGUAUUUUAUCCUUAAGUGAAUAUUUAAAAACCAUUAGGAAUAUCCAUAUAAUGUUACAAGCCAUUCAUAACCCUUUUGCACUUCAUUGCAAUUUCAUUAGGCUAUCAUUAUUAUUGCUGUGACGCUAAGGCAUCGCGUGGGUGGGACCUGUCAAUCAACAGGCUCGUUGUUCCCAUUGGUCAGAUAAACGUUCAUUCAGUUGGCUGUGUGGGCUGCGUGAAUAAAAGUAUGGAGACUGCUUUGAGUCCAAAUAAGAGCCGUGGAUGGAUAAAGAGUGAGUAUUAAAGGACAGAACAAAGAAGUUUCAACCAGCUUCCCCAAGUGAUCGCCUUGACGCUUGGACAACAAGAAGCUCUUGAAUCCCUGUAAAUGAUGGAGUGGUAUGUUUUGGUGUUGAUGCUGAGCUUGCCAACCUUGAGUCAGGCAGAUUGUUCAGCGCAAUGCCUGAGAUGCGCGCAACAGAUCUCCGACCUGGACUCUGCAGUGAACCGCUUGACUUGUACUUUAGAAUGUGAAGGAGUAGUCCCAUCUUCUAGUACACUAGACAGAUGUGAGAAAGCUUUACAGGAGCUCUCGGAUGAAUUAGCUGACCUCAACCCAGACGCCGACGGCGAACGAAACGCGUUAAACGCGGAGGAUCUCCAAGACAAGGCAUCCAACUUGGUCAAACGAUACGGGGGAUUCAUCAAGAGGAUCGAUAAGAAUAAAAAUAAAUUUUUUGGCUCACCCUGGAAGGAGAACGCCAUACUAAAAGGAUUGUUCGCGAAGAAAUACGGAGAAUCCAUCUCUAAACUGGGCCAGCGAGACGUCCCGUCGAUAACGGAAGACGACGAGGGCGACGAUGUUACGGCGGAAAACGAAACGGGAGUUUACGGCAACGAAGUUCCUUUAAAUGAAGUCAAACGUUACGGUGGGUUUCUUCGCAAAUUCGGUCCAAAAAGAAGCGUUUUGGUGGACGACACCAGCCGGCAGGUGUUGCAGAAGCGAUAUGGUGGUUUUAUGCGAAGAAUUCGCCCGAAGUUGAGGUGGGACAACCAAAAGCGAUAUGGCGGGUUUUUACGGCGCCAUUUUAAAAUCUCCGUGCGCUCUGAAGAAGAGCCCUCAUCGUACGAGGACUAUGCUUUAUAGGCUGUUGUAUGAUAUAUAACUCAACUAGAACUCAUUUUGCCAACGCAUUGCAGUUUCCCCUCCAAAAACAUCAUGAUCUUACACAUGUUGAGGCUGUUUUACUAUCCCAAAUGGCUGCUGAUCUCUGGACGCCAUCAAUCAUCUACCAUCAACCUGUCAAUCAUGCCCUCAGGACGUUUCAGUGACCGACAACUUGUUGUUUCCCAUGAACUUUACCCCAUGUAAGCAAUCAAUACAUAGCUACUGCAAAUAAUGCUUGUUUAAGAUGACCAAUAAAGGGCAAGAACGUCAUUACCUGCUAAAAUUGUUCGGGAAAUGUUUUGUGUGACUUUUUUUUCCAACUUAAAAAAGUUCUCUUGUUAUUCCCGUUCAUUAUGAAUGAACAGAAUAAUGUUUAGGUAAACAGCACCAUCUGUUGGUCAAAAUUACAAGUUAAAUUCAACGCUUGAAAAAAAGUCCUAUAAAAGUAACACUACUCACUACUCAAUAAAAUUGUGGCAACAGAUUACAAGCAAUUUUGUUAAUUAAAUUCAACAUAUAAAAAUUUAGUUAGAAUGAAUCAAAAUAAUUCAACCAUUUAAAAUGUGUAAAAUUAGCAAACACCAUUACAAAAACUACAAACUGACAUAAAAAGCAAAGAGUCAAACUGCCCAACUAAAAGAAACACUGAUCAUCAUAACGGUGAUCAAUCAUUUUCAAUAAAAUCAAUACCAGCAUCUAAACCUCCGUUUAUUCUUGUAUUUCUCUUUCCUUCAAUGAUU